AUGGACGAGCCAACAAAUAUCAUCACACAAUCAAAUAAUCCCAUUUUUGGGGUAUAUAACACAACAACUGGUGGGUCUAGCAAACCAUCAUCGAGCGGUGCAGGUGCAUGCCAGUAUCCUUCUACAGAAGAUCCAGUAGAGGCCAUAGAUAACAUGUUAGCAACGAAAUAUACAAAUUUCGGUAGUGGGAAGUCAGGAGUAUCAAGUGCAACAAAAGGUGUGGGAACUGGUUUCUAUGUAAUACCAUCCAACGGCCCUUCUGUUCUCAAUGGAUUUCAGUUCGCAACUGCAAAUAAGCUUCCGUUAAGUAACCCGCUCACAGUCACAAUUGAAGGUAGUAAUUUACCAGCGUUAUCGCUAACAUCUGGCUCCAGUUGGACAUUAUUGUACAAUGGACCAACUGGUAUUCCAAAUACUGAUCCUGGACGUAACGUAUAUUGUUCUGCACAGGCAAUUAACAACACGAAUGCUUAUAGCAGUUACCGUUUAUUAAUUACAUCACAACUUGGUUCUGAUACUAACGUUCAAUAUGCUGAGAUACAUUUACUGGGAUAUUUUCCAGGAGGUAAUUAG